AUUCUUUAUAUCGAACACAUUUGACAUAUUUGGUGCACACUUUGGACGAAUUUAUUUAUUUUUUUAUUUGCUGUGGAUAAAAGGAUUAAUCCAAUCUUAUACAAUCUUCCGGUCGCCACUUGAAGAUAUAUUGAAAUGACACCUUUAACACAGGAUGGUAUAGAGAAAGCAUUCGUUAGUGAAGCGGCAUUGCAACAGGCAGCUGCUAAUGUUAGUAAAAAUGUAGUUAUGGGCUUAUAUGAUGUAUCAUAUGUUGUGGAGCAAAUGGGCUUCGCUCUAACUUCAACUACCUUAGAACAACGGAUUAAAGGAACACAGCUUUUAUCCAGUAUGCUGCAACAGCUGCCAAAGGAUUACCUUAAUUCAAAACAAUUGGAGUUCCUUACAGCUUUCUACACGGAUCGGCUGAAAGAUCAUCACAGUGUGCUCCCUGCUGUGAUAGAGGGCAUACAUGCCUUAUUGGAAAUGACGGAAUUGCCUGCAGAAAGUGUACCGAAAUUCUUAAACACAUUUUUUAAGCACAGUAGUUGCCAGUCACAUCAACGAGGAGAACGUGGAAAGUGGUUCAAAAUAUUGCAGUUGGCAUCCCAGCGAUAUGAUAAAGAACUUAAAGAAAUGGGUGGCGACUUCAUGUACGGCUUAAUAAAUUCCAUUGAUGGUGAACAUGAUCCACGUAAUUUAGAUUUUGUAUUUACUUUUAUGCCAGACUUGAUCAAGCAUUUUUCGCUGUUGCAUUUGGCCGAAGAAAUGUUUGAAAUCUUUGCUUGUUAUUUCCCCAUUGAUUUUACUCCGAGUCGUGAGGAUCCUAGUAAUAUUUCUCGCAAUGAAUUGGCUGCUAAAUUAUCGGAUUGUUUGGUGGCAUCCCCGGAAUUCAUUGAAUGGUUAGUGCCUUUGGCUUUGGAAAAACUGGAAAGCGAUUUGGUAGAGGCCAAAUUGGACUCUUUGGAACUUUUGCGCAAAGCUGCAGUAAAUUUUACUUCUAAAUCAAUAUCGGAACAUUUCGAUGUGAUCUGGACAGCGUUGAAAUCGGAAAUUUUCCCGGGAGGCGGUAAUUCGGAUAUUAUCUCCGCGGGACUUGUUCUUUUGCGAACUAUUUUGGAGCAGGCUUAUGAAACACCAGACAUCAGUCACAGUUACCAAACUAAGGUGUUAGGUACAAUUUUAACUCACCUGAGUGAUGUCAAUCAGCACCUAUACAAUCCAUCCACGGCCAUUGCAUUGGUGUGUGUAUCCGGCGAUCCACUUUUCGCUAGUGAUCGCAUACUUAAUACUUUUUUAUUAAAACUAAACACGCAAUCUAAAAUUGUCGAUGGUGAGGGCGACAAGAUAGCUGGUUACAAUGAAGAGCAACGUAUUAAAGUGUACGACAUUAUCGCGCAGCUAUUUAAAAUAGUUGCAAUACGAGAUUGUUUAGAGAAGCUCAAUCGUACUACAUGCAAUCAAAUUCAUGCCGAUAUAAUAACAGUACUACGUGUUAAUAUUGAAGCUGAUGUUCAACAGCAAAAUAUUGAUUUAAAAAAUGCCGCACUCAGCGUAUUGACCGAGAGUGUGCCAUUAAUCAGCGAAAAAAAUCGUGCCCUCAUCUUCAAAGUACUUAUACAGCUGAUCACACAUGACUCACUCGAGCUGGAGUGCAUAGGACUGUUGGAAUUGUUGGGCGCUUUGUAUCCAAUUGAAGUACAAUCCAACUGCAUUGAUGUGUUAAUACGGAAUUUUGCCAUUUAUUCGAAUUUCGUAAAGCGUAAAAUAUUCCGGCACUUGUUGCGCCUGGUUAUACAUGCGGCAUUCACGUCGCGUGUACUCGAUUUAGUAUGGCAUUAUGCGUUCGGUCAAAAUAUACCACAAGAUGAUCAAUUGUUAGCGCUUGAAGCGGUUAAUAUGCUAUUAAAUAGCGGCGAUGCACGGCUGGUCGUCGACCUGCAAAACAACAAUUGUCUCAUUGCAAAGCUGAUGGAGUUGGCUUUGGGACCGUCAACACUCAGUGUACCUGCGUUGGAACAAAUCGCCAUAGCAAUAUGUCGUAUUGAGCAACAUUUGUCUGUCUCCGAACAAUAUAUAAUUGUCACGGAAUACUUACCACAGUUGCAAUUAAAGUCUGCCGCACAUUUGUAUGUCGCCAAAGGCCUAUUGGGUCGCUUGCAUCAGGAUAUUAGUCUGGAUGACUUUUUCGAAUGGCUGCUAACUGAGUUGACGCAACAGUCGUUGAAUGGUAAUGAUGUGGGUGAAGAUAAGGAGAAAUUGCAUACCGUUGCUCGUCAGUUGCUUUGUAGUGUAGUUAAUCGAAUGGAUGGCAAUGAACAAAAUCAUAGUAAUUUGAAUAAGGUAGUGAUGCAACUGAAGGACAAAAUAAGAGAAGACAACACACUGUCUGUGCAUACUUUGGCGUGGAUGGCGAAAGGCCUUAUUGUAGCUGGUAGUGAUUUGGCGUCUGGAAUUAUUGAAACUCUCACAGAAUUGUUGGAACACUCUAUCCUAGGCACAGUUGCAACGCGUGCAUUCGAAAUCAUCGCAAUGGAGUGUGAAGAACUGUUUUUACCAAAGGUCGAAAUCCUAUACAAGCAGAAGUUGUUCCAUACAGUUUUGGCCAAGCUGGGGAAUAAGCUGAAUGCACAUUCCGAAAACUAUCUGAUUGCUUUUAUUUUUGUGCUAAAAGGUGCACCGCACAUUGUGCAGAAAAUGAACAUCGAAAAGGUUGGUCCACUGCUUUUCAAAUCGCUGGAUUGUGAUCACACGGAAAUGCUCUACAUUUCACUGGAAAUUUGUGGACGUUUCGUUGCAAUGCGUGAUGAAUACUUCCUCAGGCAUUUGAGUCAUUUGAUACCGAGAUGUAUACAGUUGUCCAAAUACCAAAAAUCUAUGAAAGUUCGUAUAUCCGCUUUAAGUCUUCUACACGACAUUACCAAAUACCCCACGCAUGUCUUGUUAACAUAUAAAUUGGAUGUUGUGCUAGAGCUGGCCGCCGCGCUGGACGAUAAUAAGCGCUUGGUUCGCAACACAGCUGUGCGUACGCGAAACGCCUGGUUCUUGGUGGGCACAGCCGAGGACAAUUAAUACAUGGGCAAGUGGAUGCUGCCACAUCAAUGGGAAUACGUCUCCCUGCUGUGUUGUUUUUGUUUUAGAUACAAUAUACUUAAAUUUUUAUGCAGACAAGUACAAUACCUUAGCAAUAAAAUAGAUAAACAGCGGACAAUUUCAUAUGGACAUACAUACAAAGAUGUAUAUGUAUGUUGUAUAUGGUAUGCGCGCACAGGUGUUUUUAAAAAUUAGCAAUUUUAAUUUAUAAACACAUUUUACAAGAAACUGAAAAAAAUUAACUAGAAAACCAAAUAAAAAACACUGUUUUUCUAUUA